AUGGUGUCGUACAAGGAGCUCGCGCGCAAGAACGAUUCGGUCGAUGCCACGCGGCAGCGUGCACUCGUUGCCGGUGGCACGCAGGGGAUCGGUGCGGGUAUUGCACUGCGCUUCGCGCUCGCGGGUGCAUCGGUCUGGCUCAUCGGCCGCAACGAGGCGAAAGCAAGCGAGGUGCUCGAGCAGCUGCGUCUCGCCUCGGCCGAAGCAGCACGUCGUGCCAACACCACCGCCGACACCGAUCACCACUUCUUCCAAGCUGACCUCUCGUCCACCGCGGGCGUCAAGAAGGUCGCCCAAGCCGUGACGGCCAAAGCGGGAAGCAGGGGGAUCGACUACCUCAUCGAGACCCAAGGUGGACCUCCUCACGGCGGGAUCGAAACUACGGCAGAGGGUGUAGAGACCCAAUUUGCCGUGCAGGUUCUCUCCCGCGUCGGACUGGCAAAGCACCUGCUCGAGGCCAACACGAUCAAGCGCGGUGUGUUUAUGGUUGCUGCACCUGGUCAGGGCAGCAAAUCCCCCAUGGACCUGGAGGAUCUCGAUUUUGUCAAGGCCAAAGCGGCAGGCAAGUGGUGGGGUGGACCCCUGGGCUUGCUCAAAAAGGGCACACAAGCUUCGUCGUUGCUCGACGCAGCCUGUGCGCGCAUGGCUGAACAACACCCCAACCUCACCAUCACGCACGCCUUCCCUGGGUUCGUAAACACCCAGGCCCUCGCCAACCAGGGCCACAACAGCUUGCUCGUCCUUGCGGCGCGUGUGUUCGGACCGCUGGUUGGUGCCAAACCUGGACCCGGGGGUUAUGCAGAGUUGCCCUUUUAUCUGCUAGCUAACCCGGAGGGACAGAGGUAUCUGGAGACGGGCAAGCCCAACCUCGUCAACGACAGCCUCAAGAAGCUGGACAUCAGCAAGAAUGUGGCCGACAAACCCACGCGCGAUGCGGUCUGGUCCAAACUAGCCGCCUACUUCUAG